AUGCACUAUUUGGACGCGUUCGCGUCUCCCGCACGCGUGAAACCCUUAGUCAUCAAUGAGUUCGGAAUAACUAUCCAAAUACAGCAUGCAGCGGAUGAUCGAUAUACCGCGGCGAUAUUGACUAUCACUUCUUUUGCCAGCUCGCGAUACAUAGACCAUACGAUCAAUAGUGGUUUCUACAAUAAUAUGACGGACAAUUCACGAGAUUCCAACGCUCCUCAGGAGCCCGGCAGCCAUCUUCCUGCCAGCACUCCCAACACCGACCCCACCAAACCAAAGCAUGAUUUCCCUCAGUCGCAAGUUGGAAAGCUAUGGGAGGCUUUCGGAAACCCCGAAGAUCAGGUGAACAUGCUCUCCAAUGCCUCUUAUAAGCCUCGAGGCAAGGACCCAAAAGAUGUUUCAUACUCAGAGGUUGUGGGAGACGUCUCUAUGUCCGAGAUCUCUACAUUCUACAAAAAACCAUGUGCACGGGAGUCUCUAUUGACCGGAAUUGGUGCCGGUUUUGGAGUUGGUGGUGUUCGCGCAGUGUUCGGAGGAAUGCGGUCAUUAUGGUCUGCCGGAAACUGGGCCGUCGGAGUAUUCGCAAUCACAUCACUAGGAGCUUACGAGUUUUGCCGCCGUCAACGAAACGAAGAAUUGCACGGAAUGAAACAGGCCGUUGAGUUGAUGAAGGAGUUAAAAGAUAAGAAACAACGUGAUAAGGAAAAGGCUAUGGAGGCGGCAGCGAAGCGGGCAGAGGAAGAAAGGCAAAAGAAGAGCUGGACGAACCCUUCGAACUACAAAUUUUGGUAA